AUGUCUCAGCUUUGGAAACUUGUUCUCCUAUGCGGUCUCCUCACUGGGACCUCAGCAUCUCUUCUCGAGGCUCUUGGCAAUGGGCUGAGCAAUGAUGUGGAAAAGCUGAAACCUGUUAUUAGCCAAGGGCUCAAAGCAGUUGACGACAUUCUUGAAGUUCCCCUUCAGAAACUGAAGCUCGAAUUGAAGUUGCUUCAGGAAUCCAACGCUUGGCAACUGGUGAAGCAGAAGAUCCUUGAAGCCGGGAAGUUGGUGGGAAAUGUCCUUUCUCCACUCCUUCCAAGCUUUAAGGAUGCUUGGGGGAUAAAAGUGAAUGGCUUCCAGAUCCUGGAUAUCAAGAUUGAACCAACUGAGGACGGCAGUAUCUUUAACUUCAGGUUCCCCAUCACCGCCAGCAUCUCUGUGAACCUGCCCUUGGUCCACCGGGAUGUUGACCUGAAGGUCUCCGUGGACCUCAUGAUUAGUGCCAGAAUUCAGACUGAUCCCCAGACCAACCAGCCCACCGUGAUCCUGGGAGAAUGCACCAGCGACCUAGCCAGUGUGUCACUCUCCUUGUCGGGCGGAGCUGGAGCCAAGUGUGACUUGAAGGAAGCCGUGAAUGAGGUCUUGGUGGUGAAGACAUCUCAUGGGGCACUGGGGCAAGCAGCCGGUCAGACAAACUUCGAACUGAUCAACAAGGUGUUGAAGCCUGUGGUCAAAACACUGAAACCUGCCGUGUCCCUCAAGUUGCAGAGCCAGGUGUGCCCACUGAUCCGCAUAGUCAUCCAAACCUUGGAUCCUGUCUUCAUACAGAACAUCGUCAGCCGUGCAGGGUGUGUGGGAAAGGACUGGACAGAAGGCCUAGGGCAGCUUGGAUCCCAGCAGGUGUCCAGUGAGUGGCUGCUGCCCGAGGGCAGCCGCUGCUGCUAA